AUGUCAUGGAUCUCCUCGUCACUCAUCGAAGCCGGUCUUAUGGCCACUACCAAGGUCCAGGCCGAGCGUUCCCCCAGAUCCUCCUCAACACCACCCACACUACCUCAUUUCUCAGUUCCGAAUCACCACCAAGGUGGUGAUAAUUCCGACUUGUCUACCCCAACAGGUCAGAGCAGUGACCUGGGCAACAUUGUCAAGUUGACAGACCAAACUCCCCCCACGCCUUCUAACGACCGUCACGAAAUUCACGAAAUCACGACUCCUUCUGCGCAGCGCCAGCAGCAGCGGAGGCAAGCGCGAAACAUUACCCCAGAUCCAGUCGCUGAGAGACCAACCACUCCAGCUUCGUCCCAACUCUCCCACCGCACCCUUCGACGUACUUCGCGAUCCGUUGCGACCCCAAGUCCUACACCGCAGUCUGCCCGCCAGGUCCACAUUGAGGCCGCAUCAGUAGGUUUCAGUCCCAAACCACAGGUUGCGACCGCGCCUGCGCCUGCGCCCACGCCAACACUUGCGCCUGCCCCGACUUUUAAUUACGAUUACCCUCGAACCGUCGCUCCCCUCGAUCGACGAAAUUCACGUGCGCGAAGAGUUCUCUCACAGGAUCUGAGCGAGGACUUUGACGAAGAGUCCUCCGACGAAGCUCUGUUAUUCCGAGACCCAACAUCAUCGUCUUCUCAUACCCGACGCGAGUCUCACCGACCUCAUCGCGUUUCCAGAAACACUCGCAGUGCCAUCCUCUUCGCUCUUGAGGAGGCGCUUCGGCAACCUAACCUGUUCACGCCCGACGAGAUAGAAGAAGGCGCAUCAAUGGCUGACCUGAUCGGAGGCGGCACUGCCGCUUCCAACGGUAAUGCCUCGGCUUCCACUCGCCAGCGCACCACUGGCGCCCCUAACCCUACCAGCUCGCCUUCUGGAAUUCGUGGUCCUAGAAUGAUCAUGCAGGAGCGCGCUGCUAGAGAGGCAGCCCGUCAGAGAGCCGAACAGGAACAGAUGCAGUUGGAGAGACAGCGAGCCGAGCAGGAAGCUCGCCUAUUGGAGGAGACGCAGAGACGGAAUGCGGAGCGCCGAGCUGCCACCGCCGCUACUGGCGCUGCCGGAGGAGGAACAGCUGGUGGCGCCGCCAACGUGCCCCAGCAGGACCCCACCUCUCACCGGCGACCCGUAGCUACCGAUACCCCACAAACCCGAACCAACCCGGGAGGAAGUUCCCGCCAGCCCACAACGACUCAGCCGCAGACUCGACACGGUCGAACGGCGUCGACGUCUCAGCCCGGCCAGCAACCCUACAGCACAGCCCCUCAGGCCAGCACCACUCAACAGCCUGCUAACACCUCUGUUCAAGGAGCCCAGGAGUCUGGCGCUACGGGAUCGAGACCCAGAAACUCAUUUCCCCACGCGUUUGAGCGUUGGGAAACCUUAUCGGCUCAUUGGGAGGGUCUCACCAGCUUCUGGAUUCGACGACUUGAACAGAACAACCAGGACAUUGAGCGUGAUCCUGUCAACCAAGCGCUCUCUCGCCAGGUCACCGAUCUUACUGCGGCCGGUGCCAACCUUUUCCACGCCGUCGUCGAGUUGCAGCGCCUCCGCGCUAGUUCUGAACGCAAGUUCCAGCGAUGGUUCUUCGAGACCCGGGCUGAGCUGGAGCGUGCUCAGGAGGUCAACGCCAUGUUAGAGUCGGCCCUUGACGAGGAGAGACGUGCUAGAGAGAAUGCUGUUCAGGCAGCUAUCCAGAAGGAGCGUCAGCACUCCGCCAACGAUGAACGCGUCAGGGAGAUGAAGAAGGAGCUCCAGAUCUCCAAAGAAGAGGCCCGCCGCGCUUGGGAGGAGCUUGGUCGCCGCGAACAUGAAGAACGCGAACGGACCCAGUCUCUGCAGAGCGGUCAGCCUACCAUCCUCGGCGGCGUCCAGGUCGUCCCGAUGACGCAGGGUGUUCCCAGUCGCCAUGGCAGCUCCCGUGAGCAAUACGGCGGCCAGCAGGCCGGCUACGCUGGCGAUUAUUCUCAAGCCCCUGGUGGUCAAUCCAUUCCCGCCACGUCCAGCAACCUCUAUCCAUCCGGCGAUCCAGGUCAGGAAGGUGUUACCUACACGGGUGCUGGUUCCGAGGGUGGAUACUCUGAAGGUGAGUACACUAUCGAUGCGCAAGGCCACUUCGUUCGCGAUUCCCAGGGAAAUAAGGUUCCCUUCAUUGCUCCACCUUCCCCAGUUUCUGACGAAGGUAUAGAAGAGUAUGAAACCCCAGCGACGAACCCUCCCAGUGCCGGUUACCUGCAGACCCCCACCACGUCUGCUGGAGAACAGCAGCAGGGAACAGCCCAAGACUAUUCCGGCUCGGGCUAUGCUGCUCCAGGUUGGGAGACUGUCCCCAGGCAUCAUCACCCGACCCGCCUGAGCGAUGUCAUGGAAGAGGAUGAGCGCAGCCGCGCCAGCAACAGUCAAGUGGGCCGACACUAG